AUGUCUUUAUUGAGGAUAAGAAAACCAAAAACACGAAAAGGAAAGAAAGUAUUGGUAUCCAGAGAGCCACAAGUACUUGAACCAGCAAAAAAUGUAUUAUUUUUAGAAGGCAGAAAAUGUUCAGGUGCUAUUAAAACUUUAUUAAAAGAUAUGUAUCAAUUGAAGAAACCAUUAUGUAAAAUGCUUAAUAGAAAUAAUGAUAUUUCACCUUUUGAAGAUACUUCAUCAUUAGAAUUUUUAACAAUGAAAAAUGAAUGUGGUAUAUUUAUGAUGGGUUCAACAUCUAAAAAACGUCCAGACAAUUUAGUAUUAGGAAGAAUAUUUGAAAAUGAACUUUUAGAUAUGGUGGAACUAGGAAUAAAACAUUAUCAAGGAUUAGCUGAUUUCCCUAAUGAAAAAAUUGGUACAUGUGUAAAACCAUGUUUAAUAUUUAAUGGUCCAAAAUGGGCGCAAACAGAAGAAUUACGCCGUUUAAAAAAUCUCUUCAUAGAUUUAUUUUAUCGUGAAAAAGUUGAAGCAAUUCGUUUACAAGGUAUCGAACAUGCAUUAUCAUUUACAUUACUUGAUGAUAUGACUGUAUGUAUAAGAUCAUAUAAAAUUCUAUUAAAAAAAUCUGGACAAAAAACUCCAAGAAUUGAAUUAACUGAAAUUGGACCAUCAGUUGAUUUUUCAAUAAGAAGAACAAAAAUUGCAUCAGAUGAUUUAUAUAAACAAUCUAGAAAACAACCAAAAGUUUUGGCUGUUAAAAAGAAGAAAAAUCUUACAACAGAUGCUUUGGGAACAACACAUGGUCGUGUUCAUAUUGAUAAACAAAAAAUACAAAAAAUACAAACACGUAAAGUUAAAGCAUUAAAGAAAACUCCCGAGGAGAGAAAAGAGGAAAGAAAGAAGAAAAAAAAUGAUUUAAAAGCAGCAAAAUUAGAUUUGUAAAUUUUCAAAAUUCCAAUAAGUUUUUUUAAUUC